AUCUGACUAUAUGUUUUGUUUUUUUUCCGUCAACAUUGUAACACAUGCUGUAGAUUCAGGAUGAACAUUUGUGAAUGUAUAAUGCAUGUGUUAACUUUUGUAAACGAACUCUGAUGAAUGAAAGUGUAUCAUUUCUGUUAUUCUUCUGCUUUAAGGAUUUGAUUUACUGUAAUAAUUUGGGGGCGUUACAACCAAAACUUUAGAGGAGUUAAAGGGUUGAAUUUGAUGUUAUAUGUUUCUUCUUUGAGAUUUUGUAAAUUUUUCUCAGGGUUUACAAUAGGACAUAGUCAAUUGUUUUGUUUGUUUAUUUAUUAAAUUAUUAUAGUCAUGAAUUAAUGUGAUUUUGGUGCUUGCUCUGCUGCUGUGAGCUUUUGGUGCUUCCUGUUGAUUGUGUUCUGUGAGUUGAUCAAGAUUAGGACUGCUUUGGAUCAAUUGAUCAAAUGGAUGUUGAUGACCCUGGUAAUCCAGAAAAGAACUCUGGAUCUGUUCCAUAUUCUAAGAAUGUUGUUAGAACUUUUAACUUAGAGAAAUCCAAGGUAAAAAACAAACUUUAUGUAGGAUCUCAAGCCUUGGGAUUCCGCCGGGAUCAUAUGGAGGUGCUGUCACCCAUAAAAGAUGGAGUUGUGGUUGACUGGGAUAUAGUUGAUAGCAUCUGGGACCAUGUCUUCAGGGAAUGUCUACUGGUUGAUCCCAAAGAACAUCCAAUGCUACUAGCUGAACCAUCUUCAAACAGUCAGCAACAAAGAGAAAAGACAGCAGAGCUUAUGUUUGAAAAAUACAAAGUUCCUGCCCUAUUUUUGGCCAAGAAUGCUGUUCUCACAUCUUUUGCAUCUGGACGGGCUACCUUUUUGGUUGUUGACAGGUUUUUCGAUUUAGACUUGGUUCAUUACUUGUGUAGCUUUUGUUUUCAGGGCAAGUGGUUGUUGAGCAAUGUUCUUUUGUUCUUUUCAAUUAUUUAGCCAUUAUGGACUGAACAACAACAACAAAUAGUGCCCUAAACCUAGUUGAAUGUGCCAAAUCACUUUAUAGGGGGAAACAAAAUUGUUUAUGUAAUUAAUACUCUAUGUAACUGUGAGUUCUGAAUCUGCUUUUGCAGUUCUGAGAUUUAUUUCUUUUUUCCUAAUAUUGAUUGGUUGCUGAAAUUGACACUAAUCAGUUGUAUUUCCAUGACUACUAACUGAUUCAGUGGUGGUGGCUCAACUACCAUCGCCCCUGCACAUGAUGGUUAUGUUCUCCAAAAGGUAUUCCUCGUGAACAAGUGAAAAGAUGACAUUGUGUUUAUCUUGUUAAAUUUUUUAUUAUGUUCCAAACUUAAUUCUACAUCUUAAAAGUCAAACUCAUAUUUUCUAAAAGUUUCUAAUCAGUUCAUAUGUCAGCUAUCUGUUAUCUUCAUCACUGCGUGGAUACCUGUAUAAGUCAUCACACAUUAUAAAACAUAUUUCAUAGUUAUUUUUGUUUUUUGGCACCAUUGAUUCAGGUGGAAAUUUGAAUUAUUAUUGAAUUUGUGAUCUGUAAUUUACUUUGUUAAUGUGGAGAGUUUUGAGAAGGGAUGCAUGUCAUUGUCAUGAUAUCACUAUUUAAAUAUGUGUUCAUUAAAGGCACCUAAAAGUGUGCAACCUAUGUAUACCAAGUGCACCAAUCUAAAGUCAAUAAAACUAGGAUUAACUCUUUUUUUGUUUUUUUUUUUUAUCGGCAAUAAACUAAUGUUAACUACAAAAUGUACUAAAGAAAAAGAAUAUUUUCAAGACUUGUAACCGAACAUUUGCAGUAAUGAGGUCUUCAAACAAGAAUAACACACAUUUGUUGGAAAAGGAUACACAGCUUUUGAAGAACAUUUACGCUGUGUUUGGUUGGAGGAUUUGAGGAGAGAUUUAGAAAGGAAAAGGGAAAGGGAAAAAUUAGGUGAA